UCUCUCUCCGCCCGUUGUCCAAGAUGCCCAAGGGGAAGAAGGCCAAGGGCAAGAAGGUGGCCCCGGCCCCUGCCGUCGUGAAGAAGCAGGAGGCCAAGAAGGUGGUAAACCUCCUGUUUGAGAAAAGGCCGAAGAAUUUUGGCAUCGGACAGGACAUCCAGCCCAAGAGGGACCUCACCCGUUUUGUCAAAUGGCCCCGCUACAUCCGGCUGCAGCGGCAAAGGGCCAUUCUCUAUAAGCGGCUGAAGGUGCCUCCCACAAUUAACCAGUUUACCCAGGCCUUGGACCGCCAAACAGCUACUCAGCUGCUUAAGCUGACCCACAAGUACAGACCAGAGACAAAGCAAGAGAAGAAGCAGAGGUUGCUGGCCCGAGCUGAGAAGAAGGCUGCGGGCAAAGGCGAUGUUCCCACCAAGAGGCCACCUGUCCUUCGAGCAGGGGUGAAUACUGUCACCACCUUGGUGGAGAACAAGAAGGCUCAGCUGGUGGUGAUCGCACAUGAUGUGGAUCCCAUUGAGCUGGUAGUCUUCCUGCCAGCCCUGUGUCGGAAGAUGGGGGUCCCCUACUGCAUCAUCAAGGGCAAGGCCAGGCUGGGGCGGCUGGUCCACAGGAAGACCUGCACCACCGUGGCCUUCACGCAAGUCAACUCGGAAGACAAGGGUGCUCUGGCUAAGCUGGUGGAAGCCAUCCGAACCAAUUACAAUGACAGAUACAACGAGAUCCGGCGUCACUGGGGAGGCAACGUCCUGGGUCCCAAGUCAGUGGCUCGCAUCACCAAGCUGGAGAAGGCGAAGGCCAAAGAACUGGCCACCAAGCUGGGCUAAGUGUACACCGUGGAGGCUUCUGUACAUAAAAGUUAUUAAUAAAACCUUCAGCCAGUUACCAGGCAAAAAAAAAAAAAAAAAAAAAAA